CUACUGGCGGACCUCCUCCUCCUCUAAAAAACUCCUCCAGUGCUCGGGGCGUUAUUAUCAUCUAGAGAGCGACAGUUGUGCUACCUCCGCUCUAUCCAGACCCCUCCACCCCCCUCCCCCACCCACAAGUUGACGGUCCAAGGCGUCUCCAGUUGAAGGUCACUCAGUGCCUCAUCCAGAGACGUCCGUAGCUGGGAGACGAUCUCAACCACAGAAUCACCCAGCUGUCGCGCCUUCUCAUCCAGAGACCGCUUUCUCUGGCAGCUUCUCAUCUCAAUACACCUCCGGCAUGAGAGAGACCUUCACUCGAGUGAUAAUCUCAUCAAAAAGCAUCUGCGGGACCUCUUCACUCAAAGACAUCUCCACCCGUGGGAUCUUCUCAACCAGAGACAUCUCCGGCCGGGCACCUACUCACGCGGCCUUCGCUGCGUGACCCCGUGACCCCCACAGUGACCCCCACAGUGACCUGACGCGCUCCUCUGGGUGUGCCAACCGGGCCAAGUGCCCCCCCCCGGGCGGCCCCUCCUUCCCAGCGAGGAGAGAAGCCCCCCCCCCCCGCCACCACCGCCUCCCCCCCCCAAAAAAAACUCCGCCGCGUCUCAUGAACGGCGACAGCGACGACCCGGGAUCUCUGUACCCGGACCCCGCGCCCCUCUCGCCGCUUCAGGAGGAGCUCAAGGGGCUGGUGGCGCGCGGCGACCCCGCGGGCCUCGCCGACAUGGAGGCGUUCCUGCACCACGGGGGGCCCUUCUCCUGCAGCCAGGGCCUCCACGACCCCGCAGAGUCCCCCGCUCCGCUCCACGACGGGCCCUACGGAGGGGGGGCCUCCUCGCCGGGCCUCCGCGGGGGCCUCCAGUGCCCCCCGCCGGCGCUGCAGGGAUCGUUGGGGUCCCACGACUCCCCCCAGAUGCAGCUCGCGUCCCCGCAGGGCCUCAUGCACGAGGACCCCCGGGGCCCCGCAAAGCCGCUGGAAGCGCAGUCGCUUGGGCUGCACGACUCGGCGGCUUCGCUGCUGGACCUCGGAGAGCUGGACAAGAGCAUGGGACACAUGCAGGCGCUCAUCAUCCGCGAGGUGGUCAAGGACAUCGAGGUGGCCUGCUCGCUCCUCCACGUACCCGCAGACCCCGAGUCGUGGUCGUGCCGCCACGUGGACAAGUGGCUGGCGUGGAGCGUGCACCAGUACGGCCUGGGGCCCCUGUGCCUCGACUUCCUGCGCAUGGACGGCGCGAGCCUCUGCCGGCUCAGCGAGGAAGACUUCCGCCUGCGGGCGUCGCGCGCCGGGGAACUUCUCCACGCGCACCUCGACGUCUGGCGCUCGGCCGCGCGAUUCAACUCCUCCCCGGGGCAGAUGUACCUGUCGACGGGAGCUCCAGGCGCCUUCGACUACUUGGCGGAGGAGCUGGGGCCCUCAGACGCCGACCUGGGCCUCCAGGGGCUGGCCGACCUGCCCGGGGGCGAGUCCCCCCAAAGCCUCGGGGGGGGCGGGGCUGGGAACCCCCUCUCCGCGGGGGGCACCUGGGACCCCGAUGCACAACCCCAUGGCGAGGAGGGCGGCUUCCCCGGGGGACCUGGGAUGGGACCCCCCCUCGACUUGGGCCGCGCGCUGCCCAGCCCCGCGAUGAUCACUCCCAACCACACCGCGAGCAUUCACCUUUGGCAGUUCCUCAAGGAGCUGCUGCUGCAGCCCGAGGCCUACAGCCACUGCAUUCGAUGGAUCGACCGCGAGAAAGCCAUCUUCAAGAUCGAGGACUCUGUGGAGGUGGCGCGACUGUGGGGCAUCAGGAAGAACCGCCCCGCCAUGAACUACGACAAGCUGAGCCGCUCCAUCCGCCAGUACUACAAGAAGGGCAUCAUCCGCAAGACGGAGAUCUCCCAGAGGCUCGUCUACCAGUUCGUGAAGCCCGUGUGAGCGGCCGCCAGGCACGCCGACUCUGACCCUCGGGGAUGAUGACUCCAAACACUGGGGACCACCGACUGCCGACAUCAGGGGGCUAUCCAGUCCAAGACAUCUUGGGGCCACCGACUCCUGACCAAAGUGGGCUCCAACAUUGUGGCGUAGCGGGUCGAUAAACAGACACACAGCCGGUUAGACAGACGGACAGACAGUCAGGCAGUCAGUCAGGCAGUCAGGCAGGCAGGCAGUCAGUCAGACGAGUCAGACAGUCAGUCAGUCAGACGAGACAGUCGGACAAGGCAGACUGCCCUCGCGUUGAAACAAAAGCACUUUCCCUGCUGCAGGGACCCUGCGGAGCCACGCGCUCCCCUCACCCCC